CCCCCUUCCCGGUGGGAGAAGCGGAGACCGCAUUUUAAAAUGGCACGCUGAUUUAAAAAUAGUUCUGGCCCGUUCCCCGAUAGGAAAAGAAAAAAAACGCUCGACCAAAUCUCGUAUGUUCUCCCUGUACGUGUUCCUUCUGACUGUGUGUGUGUGUGCGCAUGUGGAAGAGACAGAGUUUAAUUAGUGUCUUUUUUUUAAACCACGUUGCUUGACAUUUCACAGUGAUGGUGGUGUGAAGCAAUUAAAUGGUACGUUUUUUUCCCUCCACCGGCCACGAUUUGGAGGGGCUUGGCGCGUGGUGCUUCUUUUUCCUUCCUCUCGUACAACCUUCAAGGACGGCACACUCACCCCUCAAGUGUGGUGUCGUUGGUAAGGGGCCCUUUUUUUUGCACACCACUGUGCGUCAAUUCACACAUCCCAUUAAACUAUCACGUUGGCUGUGCCGAGCAAUAGCUCGCGGUAAACUUCUUUCCCUGUUUUUCGCUUGUUUUAUCGUUGCUAAAGAAAGACAAAAAACAUGCAGCCACAGCACACCAGCAGGACGGAUUAGCACGCAAAUGGGGCGGCUGUCUUUGCCCGCUCGCCCCUUCUCACCUGGCCUCCUGGUUGAGACGAAAUGAUGCCCUGUUCCACCACAGGGACAGCAGUAUGUGCGACCAUUCCGAAACGUUUUGGCUGGUCGGAAACGUUUACCUGUUCUCUGGCGUGCUCGGUGGAAUAUUUUGCUCUCUCAUUCUCUCGGUCUCUUUGCUAUUUUGGAGCAAAUCGGAGCAUCUUCAAAAUCGCUCUCGCAUCGCAGAAAAACACGCGCGAUUCAUUCUGUAAUUCAAUGCAAUUCACUCACACACCCCUUACACCCGAAUGCCGCUGUCAGCCGGGACAGGGAGAUGCGUUGCAUGCACCGCAUGUAUGUUUACAUGCAACGACGACGACGACGACGACGCAGAAUAGAGCGGUUUCUCGCUCUCCGUGUGUGUGCUCUCCGGAACACGUUCUCGCGAACACGAAGGGAGAACACGACGUAAUAUAGGGUACCCAAUACGCACACACAGCAGCAUACGACGGGUAGGUCUAGGUAGACGCUGUUUCUGCCCUAUCCGCCUAUAGUUGCUAACUCACACGGCAGCAGCCACUAGGAUCAGCAGCAGCAGCAGCAGACGGACCGUCGUCGUCGUCAUCAUCGUCCUACAACAACCGUGGUGUGGUGUUGGUGCUGGUGGUGAUUUUGGGCUGAACUGCAUACACCCACAGCAAAACAGCAGGCCUAAACGUUUUACUAAGAAGCAGAAACCACUGGAACCAGUAUCGUUGCAACACAUAAAGCAAUCGGCCACACGAUCCGAGCUACGGAACUGGAUAUUCGAUUAUAGCAACCAUAGCAUUCAUCUGGUGUAUGUGUGUUUGUGUGUAGCACAUGCAGACAAAGCGUAACCAGUUGGACUGAGUUUUGACUGUACCAAAGAAAAACAACAUCAUCCAUUGCAACAGCAGCCAAAAGAACGCAUAUCCUGAACGGUAAAAUCAUCGUGCAAAAAGUAAUCGACGGGAAAGAGGGAAUCACGUGUCAUCAUCGCCUUACUCUUCCUUUUUUCGGAGUAUCACGGGAAGCUUCUGUACGCGGGAAGAAGCUCACCAGGCAACACUGCUAUCGGCCUAGUGAAUCGGCCACCGGACCAUCAAGUAAGUUUUCCUGCGGCCGGUCAGCGUGCGUGUCUCGACUUACAGAGGACGACGGUAAUUGCCCCGUGUAUUCGAUCGAUUGAAGUACCCGUCCCGGAAAAACACACACAAACAUACACACACACAGACACAGACACAGACACAGUGAUUACAGUUCGGUGGUGGUUGCGGUGGGACCAGUAACACACGGUAUUGGUGGUGGCUGUAGGCUGUGGUGUGCCGGGCACGCGAUAGUAUGACGCUUGCUGAGAUGUACUCUUUCUCGACCAGUAGUAAAUCCGGUGCGAACAGCGGCGGAAGUUCGCUAGUGUCGUCGACGACCUCAUCGUCCGGUGGAUCGUCGACCGUAUCGACGUCGUCGAUCGUCGGCGGGGAAGUGGCCGUUACCGCUGCGUCCGCGUCCGUUGGGGCUACGAUUCAAUCGAUGGUUGCGUCGGUGGUGGCGGACCCUCCGGAACUGGUCGCUGGUGCUGUGGAGCGUACGCCGGGCGCCGGUUGCCUGCCGGCCGUGUCGAGUGCGGCUGCCACGUCGACGGCGCUCACGAGCUCGGCCGCGGUUGCGAUCCUACAGCAAGCGCCGCCGGCCAGCGGUGCCGUGUUGUCGGCUUCUCCGCGCGCGGAUCAGCUCGUGCCGAAGUUGGGAGGACCGUCGCCGAACAACAGCAGCAGCAGCGUGUGCAGCAACGGUAGCAGCACCAGCAGCGGCAUGUUUCCCGAGGUGUUCAAGCUGGACGACAUGCUGGAGCUCGAGAACGUGGGCAAUGGUGCGCUGAGCGAGAAUGGCAGCACCGGCGGUGACUUUCAGCUCGACAACAGCUCCCUGUCGGAUUUGAUGGAGCAGGACUGCACGCUUUGCAAGAAUAAAUUCACUUCGCCCCGCGUGCUCUCCUGCCUGCACGUGUUCUGCGAAAGCUGCCUGGACAAGCUGCUGGCGGAGGGUGCCGGCGACAAGGGUCUCGAUGGCGGGAAUGGCGGCACGAUCGUUUGCACCAUCUGCAAACAGGCGACUCCCACCGGUCCGAAGGGUGCUGCCGGGCUGCAUCAGGAUUACAUUCUGAGCAACGUGCUCGAUCUGUCCACCAUCGAGCCGGCGCUGCUGGCGUGCACCUCGUGCAAGAGCAAGGAGAUGGCGAUCUCCCGCUGCAACGAUUGUGCCAACUUCCUGUGCGCCAGCUGCGAGUAUGCGCACCAGCACAUGCGCUGCUUCGAGGACCACAAGGUGGUGCAGCUGGCCGAUCUGCGCAAAUCGGCGGAGAAGGUGGCCAUUCACAAGCCGCUCUACUGUCCGGUGCACUCGAUGGAAAAUCUGAAGUACUACUGCUUCAACUGUCAGACGCCGGUGUGCAAUGAGUGUUUGAUCGGCGAUCAUAAAGGUAGCGAGCAUAACUACCAUAUCAUCAGCGACGCCGAGAAGCCGAUGCGCCAGGAGCUGGAGUGUUCGAUGCGCGAGGCAAAGUCGAAGAUCGAGUACUGCAAUCAGGCGACGAGCAAGCUGGAAUCGUCCCUGCACGACCUGCAGAGCCAGUACGAGACGGCGCGCGGCCUCAUCAACGAGUCGUACCAGAGCUGCAAAGCGGUGCUGGAGCAGUGCCGGGAGAAUGCGCUGAAAAAUCUGGAAAAGCUGCACUCCGAGCGCGAGCUGAAAAUCAUGGACCUGUACGACAACGUGGCGAAAUCGGUGGAGAAAAUCGAGGUCGCUGCGAAGUACGCCCGCAAGGUGGUGGAUCAAGCGAACGGGCCGGAAAUGCUGAGCAUGAAGAGCAUGAUAUGCGCCCAGCUGAACCAGGUCAUGGUCACCGCGCCGAAGGUGGAUGUCAGCUUCUCGAUCGAGUUCCAGAGCAACUACGAGAAGUUCGAGCAGCUCGUGCCGGAACUGUUCGGCAAGUUCCGCACCGAAUCGUCGCUGCCGGUCAGCGUGAACGAAACGACCCCCUCGCCCACGCUCCCGGGCGUGCCGAUCAUGGUGGCCGAUGCGCACCACCAGCCGGUGAACGGUGGCUGCGGGCUUAGCCAGGGUCCGCUGACCGCGUCGGUAACGGCAAGCAGUCCGAUCUCGCUGCCAACGUCGAUGCAAUCGUCCUUCGACGGCGACAUAUCGACGCUCGGCACCACGUACAUGCUGCCGAACGUGCUGACCCCGGAACCGGCGACCGGUGCGGCCAACAUUGCCGGCCCGCCCAAUGCGCUGAGUGCCGGCACACCGUCGCCGGGCGUGGUCGUCGGUACCGGUCCCGCCACCACCCUGCCCGGGCUGUCCAGCAUCGCCGAGUAUAAUCUUCACCGGCUGGCAAAUCUGGCCGGCGAGACGGCGUCGAACGAUCUGACCGAUUCGAUUGUGCCGGUGGUGAACAGCAACCCUGCCACCGGGCCGGCCGGUGGGGCCACGCCCAACUUUACGCUGGCCGACCUGAUCUCCGGCAACCAGCACGCGAUCCAGGCGCUCGCGAAGUACUCGAUGGGCGGCCAGGACAUGAGCAACGGUGCGAUGCUUUCGGCCCACCCGAGCCUGGACAGUGUACCGAUGAUGAGCGAUUUCCCCGGCGUGCUGCCGGGCUCGACAUCUCCUAUCCUGCCCGUUCCACCGAACAUGCCAAACAUAGAUGGACCAGGAAUGAAUGGGGCUGGUAGCGAUAUGGCCAUGAGCCGCUUCCAGCCAUCGAUGUGUGUGAAUGGGCGUACGAAGGCCACGCCGAUGCAGAUUCGGACCAAGUUCGGCUCGCUCGGGCAAACGAAGGGCCAGUUCAACUCGCCGCACGGUUUCUGUCUCGGUGUGGACGAGGAAAUCGUGGUGGCCGAUACGAACAAUCAUCGCAUCGAGAUAUUCGAAAAGAACGGAACAUUCAAGUUUUCGUUCGGCGUACCGGGCAAGGAGGAGGGUCAACUGUUUUACCCGCGCAAGGUGGCAGUGAUGCGCACCAGUGCCAAGUUUGUCGUGUGCGAUCGGGGCAACGAGCGCUCGCGGAUGCAAAUCUUUUCCAAGAACGGCCAUUUCAUCAAGAAGAUCGCCAUCAGAUACAUCGAUAUCGUUGCUGGGUUGGCCGUUACAAACAAGGGAUUAAUCGUAGCAGUGGACAGCGUCUCGCCGACCGUGUUCAUCAUUUGUGAGGAUGGCAAUCUCAUCCAUUGGUUUGAUUGCAGCGACUUUAUGCGCGAACCAUCCGACAUAGCUAUUAAUGGCACCGAUUUCUUCGUGUGUGAUUUCAAGGGACAUUGCGUGGCCGUAUUCUCCGAAGAAGGUACGUUCAAGUAUCGUAUCGGCAGUGAGAAGAUUACCUGCUUCCCGAAUGGUAUCGAUAUAUCCGAUGCUGGAGACGUGCUGAUUGGCGAUUCGCACGGCAAUCGCUUCCACGUCGCGUGCUAUUCGAAGGAUGGGCAACUGCAGUCUGAGUUCGAAUGUCCUUAUGUCAAGGUGUCACGAUGCUGCGGUCUUAAAAUUACCUCCGAGGGAUAUGUGGUAACUUUAGCGAAAAAUAAUCAUCAUGUCCUGGUACUGAACACGCUCUACAUUCAGUGAUCAAUAGCGGGGGCACGAAUACUGAAACCUAAUUACUGAGCCAUCCGGCACACAUUCUCUUCUAACAACGUUGAUCCUAGUGCACGUUAAAUCCCCCAUCCCUCGCUUCCCACGGGCCGUGAGUAUCAUAUUCAUCUAUCCUAUGGUUUAUUUAUGACAUUCACCAUUCCACGCCAUGCCUACCAACGCGUGUUUGAAUGCGUCCAUCAUCCAGUGAAGAAAUUCGGCGAUCGCUACACCAGCAGCAAUAAUGGGAUUCUUCACAGAAACAAAAGAAGAAAAAAAAAACACAAAAAACAAAACUCUGAUGGCCAUAGGAAAACGGUGGGGGAAUCGUUAUUAAUCGAGCUUUCGUGACAUGGGUUUUAUGUCAUGAUACUGCUUAGUCUGUACGUUUAUUAUUCGUUUGGCGACUGAUUCGCCAUUUGCAAUUAAUUAUCAACCUUCCCCGAGCUCUAAACCCUCCAAAUGCACACGGCAAGGCAUGUGAGAAGGCUUCAUUUUAUUUCAGAGAGACGGAUGAAUGAUAUUAUUUAAUUUUUGUAGAACAAAGAUUAUCAUUAUUAUAAUUGUUUGUAUUCUUCGUAAGUAACGUUCGCAAAUCUGUAAUCCCCGUUUGUUUAUGUUAAGCAAUAUUUAUUCUCUGAAGAUGACAACAAACAACAAUACAUGAUCUCUGUUUUUAAUGUGUUUGCAUAACCUUAGUGAGACAUUGGUAGCAAGGAGUAAAGGCAUACAGUUUUAGUAGUUUUAUUUUCGUCAAAACAAGAACGUACUGUGGGGUUUCCUAAGAUUGAAAAAGCGCCUGAACUAUAAUAUAUUUACAGUGGUGAAGCAUGUUUAGCAAGAGAGGAUUAUAUAACGCGUAGGUCGUAAAUAGUGCACCAUCGGCGAACCUUCAUACACAACGAGCGUGCAUUAUUCGUAGCAAACACAACAAUAUUUCGCAUUUAUUGCGCUGGAAAGUAUCUCUACAUCUAUUUACGACGGCAGUACAAAAGUAACACAACUUUUGAAAGAGAGUCCAAACAUUAAGUAGCAUUCACUGUAAAUAGUAUCGAAAUAUGGCACAGCGUUUGAUCUACAACAACACGCCAAGUACAGUCGCAAUGGCAAGAUAUGUUCUCAAACGCGAUCGAAUGAAAAAUGUUCUUGCGAAUGCGUCACCAAAAGGCAAGCUAAGACACGAAGCUUCCGAAUAGUUGGGGGUUGUAAAUGUGCAAGGUGUGUCUACCAUUUCACAAAAAAUAUGUAUUGGCCGUUGCAUUAUCGCAUCCUGCAUGGUCCUGCAAGGAGCCCAUUGGGGUGAACAACAUUAAAGAAACAUUAAAAGAGCGUAUUUUCUGUGUCGAAACCCGCACUUUCCUAAAUGGUAAAACUAGGGAAUGUGGGAAUGCGUUAUGAUCAAUACAUAUAUAUAUAUAUAUACAUAUACAUACAUAUAUUUUUUGAAUCGAGAAUUAGAAAUAUUACCCUAUGAAAAAAAGAGCUAGCCAACAAAAGAGUGAAAGAGUGAGAGAGGGAACGGAAAGUGUAACGCUAGCAUGUUUAUACACUUGAUCGAAAGUCCUAACAGCAAUACCAUUUUUUCCAUUAACCGGACGUUUUUGUAGGAAGGUUACGCGCACUGCUGCAUGCACUACAAAGUGGUUGACGUGGAGGUAAAAACAGUAGCAACUAAGAAGGAACGUAAAUGAUUUGUAACUGCACCGCGCUCCUCCUCUUACGAACAUUUGCUAUUUAGGUUUGUGGGGUUAUGUGUUGUUAGUAGGGGUUUGUUCACUACUUCCUAAAAUCAUGUUCCACGUUUUUUAUCCUAUUUUAAAUAUUCUUUUAUUAGCUUAUUGUUUAAGACACAGCGAGAGACUUUUAUCUUCGCUAAGGUAGUUUUAUAGUAUCACUUUUUAGUGGCACCCGUGUUUACGGGAUUUUUUUUACCUGUCGGGUUUUUAAUUGAUGCAGAAAGACAAUGCUUUGUGAUUUUUUUCGUAGUUCCGUAAUUUUUGAAAAUGUGACAUUGCGAUUUCUCGCACUGGAGCUUUUUUGAUCGUUGAAACAGUCCACCAGUAAACAAUGUAUUUUUCUUAUUGGAUAGAUUUUCUCCCACCAACAAACCGAAGCGAGACUAAAUUUGUUUGUAAAGCUUUAUAAUUUCUUAUCCUUUGAAUUUGAAAUGGUUAGCAGUAUUUAUUUAUAUUUUUUGUUUCCAAUCGUAAUUGUUUUUUUAAUAUGUAUAUCUGUGUUCGUUGAAAAUCGCAAAGCUCAAUAAUUUUAUGCUGUACCAUUAUUAAGAACAACAGUCGGUUCCUUUUUAAUCCUAAUCGGUUUUUCUUGGGAUACAAAUUAGUUUAAGUUAUUUUUAUAGGCUCAAUGGUUAAAACGUUUAUUUCUUUCUAAUUAAAGCUUCACCCGAAACAUUUGAAUUGGGCGUAAGAUGUAUUGGCUUACGUUAAUGCUAUGUGAUCAUCACGUGGGAUUUUACAACGUGCCGUAUAUAUCCGUAUGUAGAACGAACCGUGUAACUGGACCGACAAAAAUAUAUUGCUAGUCCCAAAGUUGACUCAACAAAAUUCAAUUUAUGCUAACAUACCUGUUUUGAGCCUAAUGCUUGUGCAGCAGAUAAAUGGGCCAAUUGAUUGAUUGUGCCGCGUUCGUUUGGUCUUUAAUUGUGCAAUGUUCUUUGUUUCAUUUUCUACAUGUUAUUCUUCUUCCUUUAUUUGGCGUAACGUCCUACGCGGACAUGUCGGCCUAUACAGGCUUUCGAAACUUAAUUCAUUACCCUGCAGCCGGAUAGUCAAUCCUUGCUACGGGGGGACGGUCCAUUCUAGGCUUGAACUCAUGACGGGCAUGUUAUUGAGUCGUUCGAGUUGACGAUUGUACCACGGGAGCGCCGCUACUUGUUAUAAUUGUAGAAAAAACAAUAGAAAAAUAAUUGUAGGGAAACAAUCGAGAUGGCACCGUAUUUUGUACUCUUUAUGACAGGCGGUUGGUCAUGCAAAAACUCUGGAAAGUAAAUUAUCCGAAGAUGUUUAUUUCUCUUCUUUCUUAUAAGUCGAUCAUGGACUUGGCUAGCUAUGACUUACUGGUUUACCGUGACGGGCUUGUUGUAAAGUCGUACGACGAUGCUAAAACACGCGGAAAUAUACGGCACGCAAUAUAAAAAUUCCCGGAAGAAGGUUUAAAGAAGUCAAAGUAGGCUAACGCUUAAUGAUUUGGGCACACAUUUCAUAAAUCACUAAAAGACAAAGAAUGUUUCUUAAAAAAGAAGAAGUUAUUUUAUGUUUCAUGUGAAUCUCGUUCAUUUUAAAGUGCAUUUUUGUUUAGAUAUAGAUGUGUUUGCUUUUGUGUUCUCACAAUAGAAUCUCGAAGAAGGUAUUUUUUGUGUUCAAUGCUGCAAAUGAAACGAGUAUCUCUUCUCCUCACACCGAACAUCCGAGCGAUAUUGGAAAGCAAUAUUUGAAUGCCAUAUUUUUUAUAGUUUAUCAAAUCAGGUUCAUCUACAAAUGCGGUUCGUGAAUUAUAAUAAUUGGAAGGGAAUCACUAUAGCAAAUUAUGGGGCAUGAUUUAUUAAUAUUGUUUAACCCUUGUGCAGUUGAAGCAGCGGAGGGGUCUCAAUAAUUUUAUAUGCGUAGUUUAUGGAGUGUGGCGAGUUACUGGUUCUGAGCUCUUUUUAUGUUAAUCCACUAGACAUAUUUGAUAUUUAUCGCGUCAUUCAUUUGUGUGCAUUUGCAGUGUUUUUGGAUGAAUGAUAUUUUUUACGCUUGGUUAAAAUUUAUACAUCCUUCAAAAGACAAACGUUUGUGGCUACGGUGUGCGUACUUGUGAGUAGAGGAAUUUGAUUGUCGUCAUAAAUUAUAGCUAGCCAAAAAAGAAUGCUUCCGUUACAAAUCUAGAACAGCAUUUUUCACUUUGAAGAAACAAUACAAAAAUAUACAAAAAAAACUAUAUAUAUAUACCUAGAUUGCAAGCGUUUAACAGAAGGAAUGUUAUAUGAAAUGGAAAAAAAAUACCGUUUCACAAGGUAGAGAGAAAUCUAAUCCAAAGCAAAAUAUUUUAUAAUUGAAACAAAAUAUUUUUUGCCUUAAAUUUUACAUUUAUACAUCUAUGAAUAGUAAUAUUGCAACGAUUUUAGAGUGCGCAAAACGAGGCGAAUGAGGAAAACAGCCCCUUCUUAUCAAUUAGAAGGGUAUGCUGUACGUAGAAUGCAAUCGGAAAAUAUACAACCAGUACCGUACUAUACUAUCAAAUGGCAGUAAGAUAUUUUAUUUAGUUUCGCUAAAAUCAACAGAUACAUGCGCGUGUCCGCAUGUAUCGUUUGCAGAGCUGUAAUGUUUGGCGUACCUUUAAACACAAAAAAGAGAUGAAAAAAAACAAGAUAUGUGAGAUUUUUUUAAACGUCUACCACAUCAAGUCCAAAUUAGUAAAGCAAAAACGAAGGAAGGUAUAGGAUGGCAGGAAAGAAAUAAAACCAAUAUGAUAAUAGACGAAUAAAUUCAUAAUCAAGUACAGUUAUCUCAACGUUCGCAUCCCACGGAUACUAGAACUAAAACAUUAAAAGUUCCUUCUCAAAUCAAUAAAUCAAUCGGGCUGCGUAAUCGUUCACUGGUGGUAGAUACUGUAACAUCUCGAAGUAAACUUACAUCUGUUGGAAAGAGCUAUGGUGCCCCGGGCUGGAUUGAAUUUUUCGUGUAGAUUCAUUUUAGUUAACACAGUCACAAUACCAUCUUGCACUGCUGUCCGAAUGAUACUUCCUUCGGCACUUUUAUGACCCGCCAAACGAUUCUACACACCAAGCCGAACACACUCUGCAGUACGAAAGCAGUUCCUUAGCAAUUUUUGCCAGCAUAUUUAUAGUUUUAGUGUAGGUUUUACGGCACAAAUAAAAGCUGAAAUUUGAUACGCUUUUACUUUUUAGUUACGCUUAGCCUUGUUUGUUUUAUUUAAUUAGACUAGAAAUUGCACGAUUGACUUCCUUGUUAGGUUUGUGACUAGAUGAUAAAAUUUGUUUACAGUUUUUGUAACACAAUGUUUUUUUUGUGUGUUUUCUUAUAUGGUUAGGGAAGAAUUUUGUUUUGACUUAAUUUAAUGACAGUAGCAAAGAAAAAGUCAAUCAUUUAUUUGCAAUAUAGAUACAUUGUCUAAUCAGGAAAUGUAUAAUGAGAAAUCAUAAUUACAACACACCCCUUUUGCAAAAGAUCUAUUUGCGAUGAGAGCUUGUCAAAAGUUAUUUAAAAAGUAACGAAACUCCGAAAGCAAUGUUAUACACUACGAAGAGCGACACCUAAUUCCUAAGCACCUUCGUUUCUGGUUCUGCAUAAUUAUCCUAACAAAAGAAAAGAAGUACUAUGAAGCAAAAGUACUAAACAUUAUUUUUUCUUUCUUGCAUAAUUCCAUACCGUCUGAACAGUUUCAUACAUAGAAUGGAACACAGGUGUAUAAAACAGGCAUGAACACAUAUCAACGCUACAAAAUCCAUUGUAUAAAGUCAAUUUUAGAAGAAAAACAAUCCGCAACAAAAGAAUCGCCUAAUUAUGGGCAGUUGAUUGGAGUUACUUACCUCUUUCAGUCUAAACUAAAUAUGUAUUUUUUCCGUUUGGUCAUUGAACUUGCUCAGAAUGGCUCACGGGGGUAGAAUUGUAGGUUGAUAAAAGAACAACAACAGCACAUAAUGGAAUAUUUUUGAAUCUGCCAGUUGGCGGAAAGAUCCGAUUAGUAACAUCCUCCUGAAGUAUGUAUGCAACAGUGCAGUGUUUUAAGCAGAAUAACAAAUAGAGACUAACUUAACCUGUUAGAAAAUAUAAAUAAUCAUGCAACAUAGUGCCAUCUGUAGGGGGGAAAACGAACUAUUUUAAUGUGUUAAAAUUCCUUUUGGAAUGAUUACUUUCGUUUACUGCAUAGCCGUUUUGCGUUUCACGAUGAAAAGCGUUCUAUGAACAAAAAAGAAUAUUACAAUGAAAUUAGCGUAUAGAGUCGUACAUAAUAUACUUUGAGAUAUAAAACAUGAGGUAACAAAACUCUUUGCACACAAAACAGGAAACGUCCGUAAAAGUAGCGAGACGAACGACAAUGGUCGAAAAACAUUAGGUUUUAUUAUUGUUCCAUCACGUAAUAUUUUUGUUGUGAGGAAGAAAAAAGAAAAAGAAGGGGGCGAACAAAGCAAGGAAAACCUAUCGAUGGUUCUAGAAAUGUUUCUUGUUUGAACCAAUUUUGUCGCAAGUAGAUAUUAAGCUUUUUUACGUAUUUACAUUACACAUAUAUAUAUAUAGGGUAUAUAUAAUAUGCAAGGGUGAUGCAAAAUCAAGAAUAAAGGUAAUCGGCGAAUAUACCACAUUUUAUUUUUGUACACUAAAAGAAAUCGAGCAAACCUAUAACCUACACCGCGAAUUUGAUUGUGCACACCCUUUUUAACGAAGCAGAGAAGCCUUUUAAAAUCACACAUUUUGUAUCUAUAUUUAAUGAACAUUUUAGGUCAAACUGUUCAGGACAUACUUUCCUCCCAUGUUCGCAUAAUACAAGACGUUGGCUGAUGUCAGCAAAUGAUCUUAAACCGAACACAUACAUACAUGUGUAUAUGAAAUUAUAGUUAUACACGGGGCAUUUUGUUGAAAAAAAAAAAGAAACAACUGGACAAUAGCGUUUCGUCAAAAGGGUCGCGCAUGAGUUCUACAGCGCAUCUUACGAGUUCCAAAACCAGCUCCUUUGACUCCUUUGAGUCGAAAAUGUAUUUGUUUGUUACAAGUAAAAAAAAAGAGUCAAGAUUAUAGUUGGUUGGGUUUUAGUGAGAAUAAAUUAAAACAACAGAAAGUAAUGCACUGCACAACUGCCAGCAAAAUGUAGGACGAUUUUAAUUGGCAAGAUGAAUUCUGAAUAGUAGUACUCCAACAUGUUGUUUCCUUCCUACCUGCGCGCACUGUCUAUCAUACUCACCAACUUUUACCAACAAUUCUUGUAACACUAAUAUCCAAUGACUUGUAAUUCUUCGAUUAGUCCACGUAUAUCGAAUGCAAAUUGUAUGCAAGUAAUACCAGCAGUACAUGCUCUGCACGCGCGCGACAAAAAAUUUUAACAAUGGUCCGGCACCGUGUUUCAAUAAUUUUUCUCAUAUUCCUUAUACAAUUCAAAAGGAACGUAUAGUUCGGAACUGAAUGCAAUCUUUUUAGACAUAACGAGAAACCUUUACACUAUGAAUUCACACACACCUUUUCAAGCAAAAUAAUAGCAAAAAAAAAAGAAGAUGGUUGAAGUAUGUCGAAAUAAAUCUUAAAUCCAGGGAGUCCUACUACUACUAUACAUGUAUAUGAAUGAAAAUACACAUACAAUUUGUAAAGUACAGUUCUAGCUUUAACAUUAAAUCCAACAGCGAGUCUGCAGAAUUUUCUAUUUUUGUAGUUCGAUAUUAUUGUGUGUAUGCAUUAAAGAAUAUAUACAUACAUACACUUGCGUUACAUAUAAAUAUAUACUCCUUAUCGAAAAGUAAUCGUCCUGAUUGGAGGAGACAGGCCAUCAGUAGCCUGGCAAGCGGCAAAAGAAUCAACCUGAUAAGAAUGGGAAACCGAAAACAAGCGUACGGAUCUAAAUGCAAAAAAAACCCAAUGUUCACAAUAAUAUUUGAGAUCAAUUUGAUAAUAAUAUAAAUCACAAUGCAAUUAUAAAAUGCUCACGAUUAUACAAUUUUAACUGACAUUGAAUGGGUACGAUUCGAUCACAUUGGGCGCGGGUGGGACAGAGGGGGAAGGAAAGAGGAGAACAGAGCCUCUCGUACAUUAUCUUAAGCGCGCGUGUAUUUGAUGGAACGAAUCGUGCUACCUUUCUUCUUCGAGUGAAAAGUACCGUAUCAGAGCUAUCGGAUUUAGAAACAAUGCAAUCACACAUGUUGUGUAACAUCUUACUAACGAUCUUCUUCACAUCUUCUACAUGCAUUAAAACCUCCUCCCCCCUUCCCUCACCACAUCCUGUUCUAAAUGAAAAAAAAACCCGCAAAAUCUGCACUCAGUACAGUGGAAGCAUGUACAAAAUCUAAAAUAACAUAGAACUUACUCUACUUACUAAGCACACGUAUGAAAUAUUUAUAUGAAACAAGAAUAGUAGACAAAUAUUUAAAUCAAUUCUAAUGAUGUAUUCUUCAGAUUCUCAUUCUGCGUUUCUCCAAAAUACAAUAAUAUAUAUAUGAUGAACCGUUUAAAUCCCCAUACAAAGUAAAGCAAGUAAUAGGGGAGCACCCAAAUAACGCAGAUGAGGAAAGUAAAGAACGAAAGGUGAAAAAAAAACAAGAAGCGAAAAUAAUAAACGAAAGGAAGAGCAGAUCUGCGAGAGUUCAUUUCAAAGUUGCUGUUUCGCGGGGGUUGUACAACUAUUAAAAGUCACAACAACAACAAAACAACAGACGUUGGAUGGUGUGGUGUUUUAUUGAAUGAAAAAAAAAAGCUAUUUACAUGCCUACUAUACCGUGUUAAUACGAAUUUUAUAAUGUACUUCUUAUGUAUACAAAAGCAGCUAAGCCACCAAGCUUGGCUGAGAGCCAGAAAGUAAUAGGAAGAUGGUAAACCAAAAAGGGCUACUCUUAUCUUUCUACGCCGUACAAUAACAUCACACAAGCUCAGCCAUUCGUGUGGAUAAAUGUGGAUAUACCAUCAGAGCAUUUAGAGAAUAUUUCCAACACUUAUUACACGAUCGAUCCAACACAUCAUUAGGAAUCGAUGCUCUAGUAAAGUGUGUCCAGUAGCAGCAGCAGCAGCAGCAGGGAUGCUUCAUUCGGGGGGAAGCAAAAUGGCAUGAAAAAUUUAUCUUAUUUUACUCAGAGUCAAAUAUUUAAUGCAGCGGCAGCGGCGCACGCACGCACCAUAUACCAGUAAUAGUCAAAACCAUCUCUUGCCUAAUAGUUUUCAUAUUUAGCGUUAUGGACAGCACCACUACUUAUAGCAGGAAGAUAUAUUGGGCGGAGAGGGAGGGAAGCGUAUUAUUAAUCUUACCCAAACCAAGGCAAGUCCCUCCUCUGUACCGGCAAAUCUGUGGGAAAUGUGGAAAAAAGAGAGAUAUAGAGGGGAGAGUAAGAGUGCGAGUAGUCAUAGCAUAAAUGAUGAGCAGAAGAAAGGUAGAUGAAAUUAAAAUGUGCCAUGCAGCAGCAGCAGAUGUUUGAGUAUUUGUUUUAUUUACCCCCUUUUCUGUGCGUACAUUAGUGCCGUGGUUAAUAAUAACCGUUCAGGGUAGCUAUUCAACGGUUUAACAGCUGCUUCUGAUACUGGUCCAAUGUGGUUGCGGGUAAUUUAGUUCAUGCCGAAAUGUAAUGAAAGCUCCUGCAGACAAUGCAGCUGCCAUUUCCAUUCAUUUCGAUAACACCCGACCCAGACCAUCCUUUUUCCGCGGAAAUAUGUCUCUUCUGACAUUCCGUUUUUAUUAACUCUGUUUCAAAGUGUAUGUACUGCUGCAGUCUCAGGGCCAGCAUUCGGUUUAGUGUGAGCUGCUUGCUAUACUCUACCCGACUGGGGGUAGCCCAUUGUUUUCCCAAUAUGUGAAACCACUUUACCACCACAAUUGGCACAGAUUGCGGAAGGCUGUAGGCAGCAUAGAACAAACCAUUUUCGAGAUAUUUAGAACACCCGGAGAAACAUUCUAACGAACGACAUGAUACCGCAUUCGCUUUAGGCAUAGGUUCAGUUAGUAUACUUACAUUACGGUUUUUGUAGCUAGCAAUAUUUGGACAGCCUUUCGAUUUCACGCUAAGUCUUAUUAGGCGCACGUUGAAAGUAUUUUAACACCCAUCCCCUCUCCCCCUUUCUAAUGUUUGGCGUUUGCCUCCCGUUGGUGUGUGAUGAUAAUAGAAAAGAGAGAAAAAAAUACAAAAAAGAAGAAAAAAAAAAACACAACAAAAUAGUUCGUGUGUGUGAUGAUGGAAAACCACCUCACCUGUGUACCACAUUUCGGAAACGGGCGUUCGACAACGCUGCUAAAAAUUUGCGACUGUGCGUGCGCAGUUGUAGUGAGGUGGGGAGAUACAUUUGAAAAAAGAUAGCGAUUUUUGAUUUUGUGAAAUUUUGUAUUUUAUUUUAUACUUUACCCAAACAACAAGUCAGGAUUGUGUUAAGUGAGGAAAAGUUAAACUUUACUAUAAUUUUACUAUUGAUGUAGUGCCUUUUGCACGGUUUAGUGUUAAUAUUUUGUUCGCUUUUACACACAAAAAAUGUACAUAAAUUUUAUAUAGAAAUAUAUUAUAUACAUACAAAUUAUACAAGCAGGAAUUUACAAAAGGAAUGAAUAAAGUUUUACAGUUUUAUUUACCUUCUCAUGUGGGUUUGUUCAUCGUUUUCGUUUUCGUUUUCGUUUUCUUUGUUGCGUCUUUCGGUUCUCUUUUGCCCAGUCCAGUGUGCUUCAGCUUUAUUAUGAUUUUUUCUUUGUGUUGCGGUUCCCUUACUGUGUUUUGUGAUUUCCGUUCCGUCACCGUUCCGAAGCGACGACGGCCAGCUCGUCAUAUCGGUAGCCCACACGUUAUUUAAGGUUUUGGAAAGAUAGGAAUUAUUUUUAUAGAAAAGAUAGUAAUAAAACAAAAAAUCGCCUCACA